AUCGAGCGCAAACAACGACAACAAACAAUCACAAUCGCACACGCACCGCAUAUCAGUCGACUUGUGUCAGCUCCGCUACUCGAACGUCAAAGCAAAGCAGCCAGCGUGGAUGUUUGUUGUGUUGUGGACGUCGUACCGAGCGGAACGUCUUGUACCACAGCUUUCUGGGCACAGCUCGCUGUGUUUCGGUGGGGAGUUCCUUCAGGUCGUGUGAUCGGUUGUUUGUUCCGUGGGUGAAAUAACAAAAAAAAAACCUUCCGUGCUUUAGGUGUUUACGACGUGUUACUGAAAACAAAACAACAAAAUACUCAUGGCACACUACGGUGUGACACUGGCUGUCAAAUGUAUGUUUACGAUCGUGUAGAACGCGGCUGUGUAAUGUUAGAAUGUGUGGUGGAAGAAGAAUGCAAGUGAUCAUUACUGUUUUAGCGACGGAAUAAAUUCGCAUUAGAAUAUCACUGUGUGGGAGAGUCACGAAAAAAGACAAAAGUGUAUGUGUGAAGUGGAGUGAAGUAAAGUGGCCCAAAUUUAUUGUCGAAACGCUCUUGAAACAAUGAGGCGUCCUGUGCUUCGAAUGUGCUUGGUAUUGGUAUAGAGCUUGGCAAAAGCUCUUCGAAAGAGUGUUGUGGCGUGUGCCUCUCGGAAAGGAUUAGAAUUGUGUGUACUUUUCAACGAAAUUGGCAGAAACAACACAACAAAACCGCGUAUCGAACUGAGUGCCCCGAGCGAACGAUCAAAAUGGUGUCCUACUAUAAUCACUUUGCGAUGUAUCCGAAGAAUCACAGCGGCAAUCUGCCGUACUCUGCGACAUCCGGCUGGUAUCCAGGCAACUACCAGCAUCAGCCACCGCAUCCGCAGUUCAUUGGCGAUGGUGAAUCGUCACCGCAACCCGCCAUGUACUAUCCCCAUCCGCACGUCUUCCAUCCGCAAUCCAGUCCCGAUUGGAGCAGUCACGAAAACUUCUCCACACCGCCACAAUCGGGCUUGGGGCUCGGGCACGGUCCCAGCCCAGGCGUUGGUGGAUCGAGUGGUGCUGGUUCCGGCGGUGGAUCCGGUGUUGGGCUACAUCUCGGUCAGAACUCGAGCCUACAUCAUCAUCACCACCAUCACCAUCACGGUAACAAUAAUGGAGGGAGUGCGAGUGGAAGUAAUGGGCAUGAUCAUCUUACCGAUGGACUGCACAGUAUACCGUCACCGCCGAUCACGGUGUCGGGCAGCGAUAUGUCUAGCCCGGGAGCACCGACGGGAUCUUCGUCGCCGCAGAUUACACCCCGCCCGACACCGGUCAAAAGUCCGUACGAGUGGAUGAAGAAGCAGUCCUACCAGAGUCAACCGAAUCCAGGAGGCCUUAUCAACAUCUGCUCGGCACCAUCCCUGCAAGACUUCGCGCUGGUGGAAUCUGGUGGAAAAUGGAAGACACGAACGAAAGACAAGUACCGGGUGGUGUACACGGACCAGCAGCGGCUCGAGCUCGAGAAAGAGUUCCACUACACCCGCUACAUCACGAUCCGCCGGAAGUCGGAGCUGGCCCAAAAUCUGCAGCUAUCCGAACGGCAGGUGAAGAUCUGGUUCCAGAACCGUCGCGCCAAGGACCGCAAGCAGAAGAAGAAGGCCGAAACCGGCACCGGAGGCGUUGGCGGUCUCGGCGGUCAAUCGCUGGUGGUGGCCCACUCCCAAGCGCACAACGUGCACGGUGCACAGUCCGUGUCGAGCCUGCUGGUGGACACCAAGCCCAAGCUAGAGCCGUCGCUGCACCUAUCGCACCUGCAUCAGAUGAGUGCGAUGAGCAUGGGCAUGGGUUCGAUGGGUCUGCACCACCACCAUCCCAGCCACCAUCCGGCCCUACACCCGCAUCUCGGUGUUUCGACCUCGCAGCAUCAGCUGAACCAGGCGGCGGCAGCGGCGGCGGCCGCAUCUCAGGUGCCUCCGACAUCGCUCAGCAUAAUGUGAUGUGGCUGAGCGACGCGACCCGCGCAUGUACCGGUUUUAUUUAUUGGUCUGUUUACUUCAACACGGACACCGUAGCAAUGUUCCCGCGGCGAUCAAUCCGUGCAGCAGCUUUACGAUCGCACUUACGAUGGCAACGGUUACAGGUGACCUUCGGUACUGUAAUGUGUUGGGUACGGUGGUACGGGUUGCCCUGGGUUUGUUCUUAACGUUGCGGAAAACGCUGUAAAAACUUACACACACACACACACACACACACACGCCACUUUAAGUUCUUGCGCUUGCCUUACAACCUGUACAAGUAGAGCUAAACACACACGUUGGACGUUUGGAGACCGAUGAGUCUUCUAUGUGAUCGGUAGACCGGUAGAUCACACCAGACGUGAGACCUGGACAAUUCACGUGGGAAAAUCAUCAAGAGAAGCUCACUCUCUUGACCUUGACUUAAAGUGGUACAGUUACCGACCAACCAGCUAAACGCACUAACUAAAUCAAAAACCGGGACCCAGGAGAACACACCAGCCGCAAAAAAACAGAACAAAACAACACACUAUUAAACAUUUAAUUCACGUGCAAUGUAUAAACAAGGAAAAGGAUAUAAUUUUAAUGUUUAGUCUAGCGAUAAUAACGGUAACCGGCAGAAGAGAAAGCAGGCAGGCAAGCAAACAGGCAAGCAGCAAUGUCCGGAAGGCCAGCAAAAGCGUUCCGAUGCGCUGCUAGUGGAGUAUUAUUGAAACUAUUAUAUUAAUAAUAAUUAUUAUUAUUGCUACUACUAUUUGUGCGUUAAGCAACAUCCUGACGUCCGCGGGUGUGCUGUCAACCCGGCGCCGGGUAACGUUUAGGAAACAGCUGAUCUUGGUGGUGUUAUUUUAUAGCUAAGUGGCGCGGCAAACUGUAUGUAAAGAGCACCGGGAAAAACUUGAUUUGUAUGUUAUUAUUUGUACCGUUGGUGUCCUGUAGGUUCUGGGGGCUAAGGGAACCCACUGCCCACUGCCACCCUUAACCUACCCCAAACACGACGCGUUUGGGCAUACCAACACACCCCCUUAGUGUUUACUACUUUUUUUGAGAUUCAUCUCUAAGAGAUUGCGUGCUGCGUUUGAGAGAAGCAGAUAGCGGGGAAAAAAAACAACGCGGCAGCGAAAGGAAGAAAUUUAGCUAUUAGGCGUAGUGAAAUAAUGUAGGAAAUCAAUCGUUUAAAGCAAAUGUAAACACACACACACGUACACACACAGACAAACUAAAACAGCAACACAUAGAUGGACGUAGAGACUCACGAUGCAACUCAAUAAAGUAUAGAUUCUGUAGUAACAAGACGA